CGUUGGAAUUAAGUUGGCAGCCACUUCGAAAAUAAUUUUCGACCGUCCUUUGCCUUGCAGGCGAACCUCAAGGCCGACUUUUGCAGGGUUUUCGACGGAUUUUCCCAAAAAUUUGCAACAUGAGUCAGGUCUUCUUGAAAACCGUCUGCCUCUCCCUCAGGACGGCGCCCCAGCAGUGCGGUCGGCUGGUCCCUCUGGUGUCCACCCAGCGAAGGGCAUACUCGAGCGGCGAAGAGGCCGAUUUGGUCGUCAUCGGGUCAGGACCCGGAGGUUACGUCGCCGCUAUCAAAGCUGCCCAGCUCGGCCUAAACACCGUCUGCAUUGAGAAAAAUGCAACCCUCGGCGGCACCUGUCUCAACGUCGGCUGCAUCCCUUCCAAGGCCCUGCUUAAUAAUUCCUAUUACUACCACAUGGCCCACACCAACGACCUGAAGAACAGAGGAAUUGAAAUUUCUGGCUUGAGUUUGAAUCUGGAGAAAAUGAUGGAUGCCAAGUCGACGGCAGUGAAAGCCCUGACGGGCGGCAUUGCCCACCUUUUCAAGCAAAAUAAGGUUCGCUUGGUGAGUGGCCACGGAAAGAUCACCGGCACAAACGAGGUGACUGCCCUGAAAGAGGACGGCUCCAGCGAGGUGGUUCGCGCAAAGAACAUUCUGAUCGCCACAGGAUCCGAAGUCACACCUUUCCCUGGCAUUGAGGUGGACGAGGAGACCAUUGUUUCUUCCACGGGAGCCUUGAAACUCGCCAAAGUCCCGGAAAAACUCGUUCUCAUCGGUGCUGGCGUCAUUGGCCUCGAAUUGGGGUCUGUCUGGUCUCGUCUUGGUGCCGAAGUGACCGCUGUGGAGUUCCUCGGCUCGAUAGGAGGUUUGGGCAUCGACGCAGAAGUCUCCAAGACCUUCCAGAGGAUCCUCACAAAGCAGGGACUCAAGUUCAAGCUGAACACCAAGGUGACCGGCGCCAGGAAGGAGGGCAGCAAGGUGCUUGUCUCCGUCGAAAGCGUCAAGGACCCUGAAAAGAAGGAAGAGCUGGAUUGUGAUGUUCUGCUUGUGUGCGUCGGUCGCAGGCCAUACACCAACAACCUCGGCCUGGAGGAAAUUGGAAUCGAGCGCGACGAAAAGGGACGCGUUCCCGUCAACUCCAGGUUCCAGACCGUGAUCCCCAAUGUCUUUGCCAUUGGCGACUGCAUUCACGGCCCAAUGCUGGCCCACAAGGCGGAGGACGAAGGAAUCGUGUGCGUCGAGGGCAUCGCUGGAGGCCCCGUGCACAUUGACUACAACUGCAUCCCCUCGGUCAUCUACACGCAUCCUGAAGUCGCCUGGGUUGGCCGCACGGAGGAGGACCUCAAGAGUGAUGGCAUUGAAUACAAAGUUGGCAAGUUCCCAUUCGCCGCCAACAGCCGUGCCAAGACCAACAACGAGACUGACGGCUUCGUGAAGGUUGUCGCCGACAAGGCGACCGACCGUCUUUUGGGCGCCCACAUCAUUGGACCCGGAGCUGGUGAAAUGAUCAAUGAAGCUGUCUUGGCCAUGGAAUACGGAGCGUCUGCCGAGGAUAUUGCCAGAGUUUGCCACGCCCAUCCUACCUGUUCCGAGGCGCUGAGAGAAGCGAACCUGGCCGCCUACUUCGGAAAGCCAAUCAACUUCUAAUUAUUGACAAGCAGCCGACAAAUUAAUUAAUUUCCGUUCGCUAACCAGCGUGCAUUCGCCAGGAGUAGCCACUGCCUAGAUCAUUCACUCUCUCUCUCGACCGCGCAUGGCCACAUCCGGGUUCCACCUAAACUUUUAUUUCCAUCAAUCCGCAGUUGUAGACAAUAUUUGUUUUAAAGCUCUGUAAAUAACAAGAAUAAGAGAACCUUGCCGUGGAUCCUUUCAACGACUUAAUGAAAUGCACCAUUUUGUUUAAAUUUGGAAGAGUGGCAAAAUGUGUAAGAACAUAAAUCACACACUUUAUGUUAGAUUUAACGAAAGGAUGAUGAAAAAAUAAAUUGUUAUCAAAAAUUUAAAUUUA